GCGGUAUGUUGUUUUCUCAGUGCGCUAUUUUGCCUCCUGAGCGAGACGCGUUGUGUGAUUGGGCUCCAGGCGCCGCUAUCGGAACCAAUCAGAGUUGCAUCGGGAGGCGUCGAGGACGGAUUUGUGUUCUAUGCUCAUAAAUCCACAGCAGUCAAACUGCAAACAUGGAGCAGUACACUACCACCACGACAACUAGUGGAGAGCAGAUAGUGGUGCAGACCAGCAGUGGGCAGAUUCAACAACAGGGCACAUUGACUGCAGUCCAGUUGCAGACUGAGCCUCAGGUAGGCCAGACUGCAGCCCAGCAGGUUCUUCAGGUAGUCCAAGGGCAGCCUCUUAUGGUACAAGUCAGUGGGGGUCAGCUCAUCACUUCCUCUGGGCAGCCCAUAAUGGUGCAGGCCAUGACAGGAGCACAGGGUCAAACCAUAAUGCAGGUACCGGUAUCUGGUACACAAGGGCUGCAGCAGAUUCAGUUGGUACAGCCGGGUCAGAUCCAGCUUCCAGGUGGACAGACGUUACAGCUACAGGGUCAGCAAGGACAGACCCAACAGAUCAUUAUUCAACAGCCACAGACUGCAAUCACUGCAGGACAGAACCAGGGUCAGCAGCAGAUCACUGUACAGGGACAGCAGGUGGCCCAAACAGCAGAAGGACAGACCAUUGUUUACCAGCCUGUUAAUGCUGAUGGAACCAUCCUACAGCAGGGAAUGAUCACCAUUCCAGCAGCCUCUUUAGCAGGAGCACAGUUAGUAUCAGCAGGAACCAACACAAACACUACUAACACUGGUCAGGGCACAGUGACGGUCACUCUCCCCAUGGCAGGAAACAUGGUCAAUGCUGGAGGAAUGGUCAUGAUGGUCCCAGGGAGUGGAGGGUCGGUUCCCGCCAUGCAGCGUAUCCCUCUUCCUGGAGCAGAGAUGCUGGAGGAGGAGCCUCUGUACGUCAACGCUAAACAAUAUCACAGGAUCCUCAAGAGAAGACAAGCCCGUGCCAAACUAGAGGCAGAGGGCAAGAUACCCAAAGAGAGAAGAAAAUAUCUGCAUGAGUCCCGUCAUCGUCAUGCCAUGGCCAGGAAACGUGGGGAUGGUGGGCGCUUCUUCUCUCCAAAGGAAAAGGAGGAAAUGGCCAUGCAGGCCUUUAAGAAAUCCGAGCAUGGCCAGGUUGAAGAUGACACAGUUGGUCAGAUGAUUCAGGUGGCAUAACUGUCCAUUCACACCAAAUGUGUCUGAUAUACUUGUUUAAAGACCGUUCAUUAGAACCUCUGCAUUUCACCAGAUGGUUUAGGACCCACCAUGUUUAUAAUUACUUCUUAUAUAAUUAAGUUGUUGCAGAUUCAUCCAAUUUUGCCAGUUAGACCAUGGAAAUAUUGGGAAUUUAUGUAAAGUUGUUUUGUUUUUAAACCAUCGUAAAUGGAAUGGGGCUAUCUGGUGUGCAAGGGACAUGGUGUUGUAUUUAUGUGGAAAGACUUUUCGUUUUAGAGUCAAGUGUCUGAAUUAAUUGUAUAGGCAUUUCAGUCCACUCCAUUUGUUUAUUUAAUUAAAAAUAUUAAUGCAUAAGUUAAGAAUCAGUUGCUAAAUAGUGAAUUGCAGUUCUGUCUGUUUUAUUCUAUAUAAUAGGGUGUGCCAUUGAUCGUUUUUUAUUUUAUGAUUGUGUUUUCGAGGUCAGACUGUAAAUUGUUAUGAUUUACUAUGCACUUGCGCUUUUAGUUGAUCUAUGAUGAACCAUUUAUACAUCCACCCAAACACAAACUUUUCUUCCUUUAAUGAAAAGCUUCAGUUCA